GAGCAUCACGGUCGGUACACUCGGCUCGACGCCGAAUUGGCGCAUUUCCAUGCCGAGCUUUCCUCUUGUGACUCAGUAUGGGAUACAGUCAUUUUCUUCACCUGUGGUGCUGCCGGAUUCGUUGUGGAUUCCCUCCUCUAUGCGUUCAAUAUUUGGGACGGAAUCCAAUAUUCAUGGAUGCUCAUGUCUUUCACAGGGGUCAUCUGGUGCUUUCAUCGCUCGCGCUGGUUUGGAGUAGCCUUUUGCCUGGGUUCUUCCGUUUCCUUGCUGUACAGAGAUCUGAAGCGUGGCGGGCAAGAUGACUGUCACGAUCAUUUGCUGGACGGAUCACUGACCACGGCCUACUGGUGGAGUCAGGCAUUACUCUUGGUACUGGGCCCUUUCGUGUUCUGGCGAAUGAUGGUUACAUCGAAAGCACUGGACCGGGUCUAUGCACCACGUCCGACAAUAGCCUGGACGACUUGGGCUGAGUUUCGCGAUGCGACGCGACGUUGGCUGCACCCAGUUCCUCGGCCUAACCUCACCUUGACCAUCCACUGCGAAGAGAAGUCUCGCCACGGUCCUCUCUCCCAAAGUUCCCAAGGAACUGGAGGUGAAACGAAGGAGCCCAUAUCCUUGGAUUUUUUUCCAGAUCUGGAUGUAGGUGCUGAGGAGUCGGACAUGUCUGAGGACGAGGAGCAACCUCUGAAACCGAAGCCUGAACAGGCAGAGCGUGACCGACCUGAACCCGAUGUUGGGGUGCUGGUUCACACCAGAUGUGGUGAUUAUAUUGACGUUCCUGAGAUUUACAUGGAAUGUGGGAAGGAUCCUGUUUCAAACACGGUGACUGUUAACAGUGACCAGUACAGGGCUUUUCGGGAGAAUUCCGAUCCUUUUUUGCUAUUCGUGUUCAACAAGAAGGUUCUCCUUUCGGCAGACAGGUUUGCACAGCGUCGCCGGCAGUGGUGCAAGAAUCUGCUCUUUUUUUUGGUGCCGGCUUGUGCAACGCUGGGGAUGAUUGCCUGGUCUCGCAACUCUUCGCUUGUGUCAGUUCCUGUGCAGUACGGGAGCCUAGUGUUCCUCAUGCUGCCAGAUUUGAUACAAGUUUGGAUGCAUAACAAGACUGCUGCGACGAGCAGCAAGGCAAGCCAACAUGGUUCGGCUUUGAACAGCACGAACUAUUGGACAGCGACAGGAGCCGUGCUGAAAGAAGGUUUCGAGUGCCUCAAUGCCAAAACCACUGUGGGGAGCAUUAUUGCUGUUUGGGACUCAACGUUCUUCUACUGCGGCUGCAUGAUAUUUGUCUUCAUUGGAUGCUACCAACUUCAUGCUGCAGCAAAUUCUUUGCGGGAGCUCCGAUCUCUCCUGCAUCUUCACGACCACAACAGCCCGAAGCUUCAGGCCAUCAUCCUGCACAGGCUACACCGAAUCCGUACGAGAAUCGUUCACAAGCGGCGGUUGAAGUAUAUUGGAGCAUAUGCAUUUCCGGACAAGCUCAAGCCGGAUCUGUCACUGGGCUGGUGGUUUGAGACUCGGGCGUUGAUCUUUUCAGACAUUAAUCGCGCUGUUUCCAAGAGGUUGUUGAUCUUGGUGCUUUGCGGGAUCGCAGAAAUCGUGAUGGUGGUGUUGACUGGCCUAGCUGUCCUGCUCGAUACUGGACACGACUUUGACAUCAUGUGCUAUGCCGCAGCAUUUGGUGUAUUGCUCGGCCUGAUGGUCGUGCUUUUCGCAUACCUGGGCAAUACUGUGAACGUGGAGUUGGGGGCUGGCCUCCAGGAGAUUGAAGCGACGCCAACGCACGAGCCAGCAAGUGGUGGCGAGUCACCGGGGUCACCUUUCAGAUCACCUUCCGGGCGCAGGGUCGCAUUGAAAAGAGGGAGGAUGGAGCGGUCGCCGGAAGCAACCCAGUGGGUGAAUGAGUUCUUGGACUAUGAACGGCUGCAUCCGCGACAGCUGAAGUUCCUCGGAGUGCCUUUCUCUUGGCAGUUUGCCACUGCCUAUGCGGCUCCCUUGGGGACCUAUGCCAUCGGAAUGAUCUAUUGGAUCCUGCAGCAGACUCUCACGGAUACCAAGCAUGAUGCCUAA